AUGUUACUUUUAUUCAUUCACGGAAUUUAUGUUUAUACCAAAAACCUUUUUAGCUGCUUCUUUCCCUUUAACUUUACCUUGAAAAUUUCUGAAAUCGAGUUGGAAAAAAAUGUUCAUAGUGCAGCUCAAGUUAUUUUGGAAAAUCGUAUACACGAACUUCAACAAGAAAACCAAAAUAAACAGGCCAAACAGGCUAUUUUGGAAAAUCGUAUUCACGAACUUCAACAAGAAAACCAAAAAAUACAUGACGAAAAAGCACUUGAAAAUAAAAUUGCCACCAAUGCUGAUGCCAAUCUAAAACUUACAGUCGCAAAAAUGAUUGAAGAAAUUAAAGAAAACUGUAAAGGAUCUCUUGAAAUUACCAAUAUCAAGAAAAUUGUUGUAUAUCAUCUUCCAUCUAUCGGGGCGGCUGCUACUGAAGGACCACGUCCAACGAUUCGAACAGAGAUAGUUUGUGCUCAUUGGGCAGAAUUACAAAAGGCUAUGCAAACAUUAUUAGAACUAAAGGAAUGUACUCCAAGAAAAGCUGAUAGUGAUAGAACAAAUAAUGGUAGCGAAGCCGGUAGUCCGUCACAGAAACGAGAUCGAAUUACUUGGUGGUAUAUUAAAAGAGCUCACAAACAAUAUUGUGAUUACUGUGAUUUGUGGUGA